UUGCGCAUCCUUCUGCUGCUGCUCCAGAGCGCUUCGGGGAGGGCGAAGCGAGCCGGAUUGCGAGCUCAGCCGCCGAGUGCCAGACGCCAUGCCUGUAUCGGAUCCGCGGGGGGAUGCAGGCCGGUGGGCCAACGUCAGCUACCGGGUACGCCAGCCAAAUGCCGUCGAACCGGCACCCAGGAGGAAGAAACAAAGUUGGUUUCACAAAUUUUGCCGGUGCUGCGCGGGCCACCGGGAUGACAGCGACUGGACACCGGCGCCUGGCGAAGUCCCGGGAGCCCGGCGGACGGAUCCCGUCAUCCGGGAGGGCAUGCUGGUCAUCAAAAAGAUUGAUUUAAUGAGCAGCCGCACGGGCACCAACCGAUGCGCCCAUCACACCGACGAGUACGAGUACAACAACCUGAUCAUCCGCCGUGGGCAGCCCUUCGAGAUGAAGCUUCACUUCCAGCAGCCUUUCGAUUACGAGGACCACCGGAUCUGCCUCGAGUUCCUGGUCGGCCCCAACCCACAAGCCUCGAAGGGCACCCACAUUCUGGUACCCGUCGGCGGUUCCAUGCCCGGCAUGGGCUGGUCAGCGGAAAUGACCAGCUCGGACGACGACACCAUGUCUAUCCGAGUUUGCCCCUCGCCCAGAGCGGUGAUCGGCAAGUACCAGUUCAGCGUGAAGACCCGAAGCAAGGCGGGCGAGUACGCCGCGCCCUUCGACCCCAACAACGAGGUGUACAUCCUCUUCAACCCCUGGUGCCCAGAGGAUUCCGUCCACAUGCAACAGAGCGACUGGCUAAAGGAAUACGUGCUGAACGAAACGGGAAGAAUUUAUUACGGGACGGAAAGUCAGAUCGGCGAGCGAACAUGGAACUACGCGCAGUUUGACCACGGGAUCCUGGAUGCUUGUUUGUUCAUGCUGGAUAAGCGGGGGAUGCCUCACGCAAGCCGAUCCGAUCCGAUCAUGGUUUCCCGCGUCGUCUCGGCCAUGGUGAACUCUCUAGACGACAACGGUGUUCUGGUCGGAAACUGGACGGGGGAUUACUCCCGCGGCACCAACCCUUCGGCCUGGGUGGGCAGCCGAGACAUCCUGCUGAAGUACCUCCGUACCGGUUACCCCGUCCUCUACGGGCAGUGCUGGGUGUUUGCGGGCGUCGUGACCUCAGGUAACUGGUGUUCGCUGUUGACGUGGGGAGGGUUGCGGAAAAGAAAAGAAGCAAGAACAUCAGGGAUAGGGGGCC